UUCGUAAAAAGCCAGUGCUACAAGCUAGUUUGUGGGUUACGCAGCUAGCUGACGCAGUAGCAGCAGUCAACGGCGGAGUUCAGUUGCCGUGAAACGCUCAAAGCCUUUAGUAAUAAUUAUUGACAAUGAAGAAGUUAAAAGGGUCUACAUCCUGACGUCCACAUUGUGGUCAAUGACGAUCUGUGGCGGUGUUGGUGACUGACAUGGACGCUGGUGACAUUAAGGAUGUGAAGCUUUCACCUGAAGUGGAACCAUUCAUCCCUCAAAGGAAAGGUCUUGAAGGAUCCCUUGUCAGCAUGAGCCUCUCUGGUGAGGCAGGUGGCGGAGGAGGGGGUGGAGGAAUCGGAGGAGGCAGUGGAGGGAUGGAAACCACACCCAUACCCAGCUAUCUCAUCACUUGCUACCCUUUUGUCCAGGAAAACCAACCCAACAGGCAACAUCCUAUGUACAAUGGAGGGGAGCUGCGCUGGCAGCAGCCUAACCCUAACCCUGGUAGUCCAUACCUGGCCUACCCCAUCUUGUCUUCACCCCAACCUCCUGUUUCUAAUGACUACGCUUACUACCAGAUUAUGCCUGCUCCUUGCCCACCUGUGAUGGGCUUUUACCAACCCUUUACUGGCACCUAUCCAGGACCAGUGCAAGCCGGAGUGGUCAAUCCUGUCUCAACAGAUGUUGGUGAAAGGCCUCUGCCACUAGGGCCAGCAUAUGGAAUGGCAAGUCAAAGGGGAAGAGGCAUGGUCAGAACUAAUGUUCACCCAAAGCAACAUCUGGGUGUGUGUCAGCCUCCAAGAGGUCGUCGGCCUCCAACCAGAAACGUAGCUGUGCAGAAGGAGGUGUGCACCUUAGGACCUGAUGGUAGGACCAAGACUGUCAUGUUGGUAGAUGCAGCACAGCAGACUGAUUUCCCAGGUGAGGCAUCAGGGCGGUGUGCUGCUGAGCGGGUUAGUCCACUGCUGUGGAAAAACCGAACAAAGAGAAGACGGGCUUCCCAUCCAGCUGAAAGCUACAAUGAACAGGGUGCCAGUGAGGCAGACAUUGACAGUGAUAGUGGAUACUGUAGUCCCAAACACAACCAGGCAGCUUUGGUAGCACAACGAGCUGCAGAAAACGCAGCAGCACCCAUGGGGGUUGAUACUGGUGUAAUGACAGGUAACUGGGUAAAUGUAGCAUCUCAGGCUACAUCAAAAUCCUGGGGGGACAGAAAUGGACAGUUUCACAGAGCAGAUCAGAGGAAGAAUCCUGAACAGAGAAACUUCUCGCAGGAUUUCAACAGUGGCUAUCUGGGGCGUAUGCCACCCAACCAGUCUGACCAAAGGCUACAGCCAGCACCUGUCACCAGCAGCGACCUCACUCCUGAGCCCCUCUACUUCGAGGAUGAAGACGAGUUUCCAGAUCUUGCUACUGGAGGGUCUGUUCAACGCAGCAACAAACCAGAAACUGCUCCUGCUCAAACACAUACACAAACAAAACUGCCUAAAAACCUGUUGGAUAACCUACCAGAAAACUCCCCAAUCAACAUUGUGCAGACACCCAUUCCCAUUACUACCUCUGUUCCUAAGAGGGCCAAGAGCCAGAGGAAGAAGGCUCUGGCUGCUGCUUUGGCCACUGCACAGGAGUACUCUGAAAUCAGCAUGGAACAGAAGAAACUGCAGGAAGCAUUCACUAAAGCAGCAGGGAAAAAGAGUAAAACCUCUGUCGAGCUGGAUCUGGGAGACAUGUUGGCAGCUUUGGAAAAACAACAGCAGGCUAUGAAGGCCAGGCAACUCACCAAUACCAAACCGCUGUCUUUUACAGUUGGAACGACCACUCCGUUCCACAGCUCAGGCUCCACCAGCGUGCCGUCCAUGUUGAGGGGUCAUCAGCAGCCACACUCGGCCCCCCAUAAUGCUUUAGAUUCAACUGCACCCCGUAUCAAGAGAGGGAAGGAGAAGGAAAUUCCCAAAGUCAAACGGCCAACAGCCCUUAAAAAGAUAAUUUUAAAGGAACGUGAAGGGAAGAAAGGGAAGCCAAGUGUUGAACAAGGAUCUCUGGGCCAUGAAGAGCAAGAAGACGAGUGUCCACAGUUUAGUGAUGAUCUUGCUCGGGAGCCUGUCUCUCAGGAAGAAAACGGUCUGAGUGUGCCCAGUGAUGCAUCCCUUUCUCCAGCUAGUCAAAACUCUCCAUACAGCAUCACCCCAGUGUCCCAGGGUUCUCCCGCCAGCUCUGGGAUUGGCAGUCCCAUGGCUUCAAACGCCAUCACUAAGAUCCACAGCAGACGUUUCAGAGAGUACUGUAACCAAGUGUUGAGCAAGGAAAUCGAUGAGAGCGUUACCCUGCUGUUGCAGGAACUGGUUCGCUUCCAGGAGCGUAUCUACCAGAAAGAUCCUACCAAGGCCAAAUCCAAACGCCGCCUGGUGAUGGGUCUCAGAGAAGUCACCAAGCACAUGAAGUUACAUAAGAUUAAGUGUGUCAUCAUUUCUCCCAACUGUGAGAAGAUUCAGGCCAAAGGUGGUUUAGAUGAAGCUUUAUAUAAUGUGAUUGCCAUGGCCAGAGAGCAGGAGAUCCCCUUUGUGUUUGCCUUGGGUAGAAAAGCUCUUGGACGUUGCGUCAACAAGUUGGUGCCUGUUAGUGUUGUGGGCAUUUUCAACUAUUCUGGAGCUGAGGGACUCUUCAACAGAUUAGUGUCUCUGACAGAAGAGGCAAGGAAAGCCUACAAAGAUAUGGUGUCAGCUCUGGAGCAGGAGCAGGCAGAGGAGGCUCUGAAAAAUGAUAAGAAAGUCCCACAUCACAUGGGCCAUUCCCGCAACCACUCAGCUGCUUCAGCUAUCUCCUUUUGCUCGAUCUUCUCUGAGCCCAUCUCAGAGGUUAAUGAAAAGGAGUAUGAGACCAACUGGAGGAGUAUGAUGGAGUCUUCAGAUGCUCCAGAGCCUGUAGAGACCGAGCCUAGUCGCCCUGCACCUUCCACAGUCCCCCAGAGGGACAGUGAGGCACUGGUAGCCAACACCAAUGGCAUCUCGCAAAGCUCUACUAUUCCCCAGCCCAGAGUGGGGCCUCUGACGCAGAGUUCCAGUGACAAAGACGAGGUCCGAGUUGAUGACAGACUGGAGCUGGCUUCUCAACAGAGUACGGAGACGGGCUCCUUGGAUGGGAGCUGCAGAGGGCCGCUGACCUCCUCCAUCACUUCCACUACUUCCACCUUGGUCCCAGGGAUGUUGGAAGAGGCAGAGGAGGAGGACGAGGAGGAGGAAGACUACACUCCUGAACCUAUUUCUGUGGAGGUGCCUACCCUGAGCAGCCGCAUUGAGUCCUGGGUGUCUAAGACUUUGGAAAACUUGCACCUGGGAAAAAGCCAAGAAAGUACAGAGGAAGAAGAUGAAGAGGACAAGGGGCAGACUGAUGAGGACGAAGAGGAACUCGAUUCAGCAGAAAUCACAGAGGUUAGAAUGGAGGGUGAAGAUCAAGUGGAGGCUAAGAAGGUCACCGGUUGAACCCACUCCUGCAUUUGCUCUCACAUGGAUUCAUUUCCUCUGUCUUCUCCUGUGUGUGUAACCCCUGACACCAGGCAUUAUCUCAGGUAUACAACCAACUGACCAACACUCACACACUGCAGAGAAACUGACCACCUUACAGACACACAGGUUCGCUAACCAAACAGCUAACAGUUUGAGAGACAGUAACCCAUCAUUUAAAUAUCACUACAAGCAGAAGGAUGCCCUCACUUCUUCAGCCCAUAACCUGCGACACUUGAAUCCAGAGGGAAGCUUUUGAUUAUUCCCUCCUCCUAAGUUGAACUCUUUUAGAGAUGUAUGUGGGAGCAAGUGAGCAAGUGGGAUCUGCUGUCUCUAGCUCAUCGAGGGAGUUUAAAACCUUUAUUCAUUUGAAGCUCUGGAGGUUUACAGCUCUGCUAGUAUUUGUGUACUUUGCAUUUAUUUAGCUGUUUACCAGCUUCAUCAUUGUAAAUAUGUUUGUCACAAAAAAAAGGUAGACUGCUCUUCUUUAACUGCUAGCUUUCAUUACAUUAUUAAAGUGUCAGGGGUUCUGUCUUUGUACCAAAACCACUCCCACCCAUCAGUCUUCAGUGUUUUUAUUAUUAUAUUUUUUUUUAUUAUAAUUUUUUUUUUAAGUCCAAAUAAUGAGUGUCUCAUUCUAUAUUUAGACGACUCAAAUGACUUUAACUUCUAAGAAGCAAAACAAAUAAGCAUUGUGAAUAUAACCUUGUCUAAGUGACCCUACUAUAAUAUGUAAUGGUUUAUCAUAUUGAUUUUGCCUAGUGUGAAACUGUUUGAGGUUGGUUUUCCCCCUAAAUGAAAUCAUCAUGAGUUUCAGAUGCUGUCUGUGCUUCAUAAAAGAAUGAAAAAGUUCUCCUCCUUUGUUCUCUCCAGUGAGAUGGAGGAGGCAUUGAAACUGUAUUUUCAAGGUUCCUGACACCUUUUCUAUCAUUAACAUUUAGGUCUUCUUUCCAUCUAGAAACACCUUUUGCAAGCAUUUUGGUAAAUAAACCGACUCGGAACUAAGUCAAGUAACUUGUGAUGUAAGAAAUCUGUGUGUUGUUUACAGCAUUAAGAAUUAGGUUCCUAGAGAACAAGCAGCUGUUUACUAUUCUUCACAAAGUUUAGCAAUGCCCAAAAAAUCAUUAGUGUUGUUUAUAAGUGAUAUGAAUCACUGUCAAUCUGUAGUAGAUUUUAUAAGCAGACUUUUUAAGGCAUCCAGCUACAACCAGCACCACAAUUGAAAAGCUCCCUCGAAGCGCAGUUACCACUGUCACAUAGUUUUGUAAAUACAAAUGUAUAAAAGAGAUUUUUGGUUUUGCAUUGUAUUGAAAAUGCAAUCAUCCUGUUCCUGAAGCCAUUUAAUAGUUAACAUUUGAAAAGUUAGAAUCCAAGUUGACAUUGACUCAGUAAGUUUUGAGCCUGUAGGUGGAGAUACAGCGGGUAAAUGCAGUUAUGCUGGGCUGUAUGCAAUGUGAAGCCCUGAGGUGGGAGAUGUCUCCUUACCGAUACUUGGAAAUUAUCUAAAGUAUUUCUAGAUUGAUUGAUUAAAGGUACGCUGUGUACGUGUGUGCGCGUGUGUGUGCAUUUUGUUGCUAUGAUUUCCAUCAAAGUGUUUGAAAUAUGUUUGACAAGAAGUGUGUUUUUGCACUAUGUAAAUACAUUUCUGGUAAAGGUCUUGUAACUAAUGUGAAGAAGAAAAAAAAAACGGUUUAAUGAAGUACUUUUAUUUUAAGUGUGUUCUUUGUCUUUAUAUGGAUAUUUAAGAUUGUCUCCCUCUGACUAUUCAUCACUAGCAACAUUGUUGGAGGCGGUUUCUCAUAAUCAUGUUAUCACUCUUAACCUAUACGGACUGAUGAUUAACAUCAUUAAAAUGUUGUUUAAGUAAAUUA